UCGCUAACUUUCUAUUUCCGUGCAGAUAUAAUUGUAAAUAUUUACGCAGAAUUGCUUUGGAAAACCCACUAAAAUAGUGCAAAAUGAGGCAAUAAAGUGCGGGCCGGACUGCCUUCCCUUUCUUGACUCCAAAACUCGCGCCAAAUGCGCGAAUUUCGAGCUGCAAGAACGCAAAUCUAGUCCGCAAAUCUGCGGAAGUGUUGGUACUACCACUUAAUUGUAUUUGUAAUUGUAAUUGCCAAAGUGCCAAAAAAAAGCGCUGCAAAUGCUGCAAGCGUGAAAACCCAUCUAAGAAGGGCCCCUAAACAGUAAUGGACGUAGAUGCACGAUGCAUGCAGAGCGGACAGCAGCGGAGACGAUGACGACGAUCAAUUCCAAAUUCAUCAGCUUCUAAAUAUUUACUAAGCGAGCAACAUUGAAAUACUCACCACUCACACAGUCGGACAAAAGCACAAAACGCGAGAUAACAGAGCACCAGCACCAAUUCAUGCCAAACGAAACGCACACGGAGCAGUUAUCAGCGGACCAGCGCCACUAAAAGCCACCGAAUCGCACACACACCGCAUCGACAACGAUGUGGCUGCGCCAGAGCAGCGGUGGAGGCGUUGCCUCCGCCGGACACGGCGUCCCACUGCGACAGCGACCUAUCGACGCUGCCACGGACUGCGAUCCGCGCGCCUGCUACGACAGCUUCUGUAAGCACUGGCAGCAGGCCUUCGAGAUCAUCCAGCACAGUGCGCCGCCCUCGCACGACGACGUGCUGGGCGUGGUCUCGCACUUGGACUACAUGGUCACCCUGCUGCUCGUGGAGCUGCAUCACUGCAACAAAGUCUCGCUGCCGGCGGCAGAGGCUAGUGGUCCGCCUGCGGCGCCCUGCCUGGAAUUCCUGCUCAGCGAGAAUCUGCUGGACAAGCUGUACGAGUGGGCCUGCACCACGGGACGGUAUGCCAACGCUGUGAGGCUGGAACAGCUGAAGCUGUACGAAUUACUCGUCAGCCACUCGCGUCACCAGCUGCUCUGCCACGAGCCCUUCCUGCGACCCCUGCUCAAGAUACUGGCAUCCAGUCAGGGCGAGAUCUUUCCGCCCGAUCUCGAGAAGCGCCUCGUGAUCCUGCUGAACCAACUGUGCGUGGUUCUCAUGCAGAAUGUCCACCUGCUGGACCUCUUUUUCUUCUCCGCCCAGACGCAAGUGCAGGAGCAGAUAUUAAAUGGCAACGUGGCGCCACCCAAAAGCGGAACCACUACCAACUUCAUUAUAUUUUCGCUGCUUAUCCCGUACGUGCAUCGCGAGGGCAGCCUUGGUCACCAAGCGCGCGAUGCUCUGCUGCUGUGCAUGGCGCUUUCGCAGAAGAACUCCAACAUUGGAACGUACAUAGCCCAGUACUCCUCGAUCUGCCCGCUGCUGGUGACCGGCCUGGGUGGGCUUUACUCGCGUCUGCCCAACAGCAUCGAGAUUAGCUCCAUCGACUGGCACCGGAUAACGCCGGACGAUGUAACAGAGAUCCCGGAGCUGACGCUCUUCAUGAACGCCCUCGAGUUUUGCAACGCAGUGGUGCAGGUGGCCCACGAGAUGAUCAAGCAGCAGCUGCUGGACUUCAUGUACCAGGGCUUCAUUGUUCCCGUGCUGGGACCUGCGAUCCUUCAGACACUGAAGGGCAAACAUUUUCAGACGAACAUCGACUCGCAAAUCUCGGCAAUGUCGUACCUGGACCUGAUCCUGCGCUCCAUCACGGAGCCCGGACUGCUGAGGGCCUUCGUUCGGUUUCUGCUCGAUACGGAAAAGUUUGACGGCGAACGGAUACUCGAUGCCCUGGUCGAGCGCCUGAACUCGCCCGAUGCCAACCUGUGCAUGGUCACGAUGGCAUUGUUUGACACCCUGCUGGGUCUGCACUGCGAGGACCUGAUGCUUGAGCUGCUACUCAAGUUCAUGCUGCCGGGCAAGCAUGUGCCCAUCUCACAUCGCCACAAGAUCAACAAAAUCGAUCCGUAUUUGAAUAGCAGUGAGUUCUUUCUCGAGCUCUCGCCCGAUGUGAUGAAGAGGGCCAGAGAUCUGGCCAGGCCGAAGAGCGUCCACGAGCCUGUGCUGAGUGAACUGACGCCUCUGCCGAGUCUCCCAUCUCCGGUCAUGAGUAAGACGAUUGGAGCCAACUGGAACUAUUAUGGAGUGCACACGGGUGAUAGUUUGUAUGCGAAUAUACAGGCAUAUCUAUUCGAGGCUCAUUGGCGAAUCGCCCAGUGUCAAAAGGAUUGCCUAAAGUGGGCCAACAGCUAUCGUUACCAAAAGUGGCCUCGUCACGGGCAAGGAAGAGUCCAUGGCCACGCCUUGGAGCUGGCGCGACAGUUCUUUAGUGAGUUCGGUGGCGGUCCCAUCGCCUGCAACGAGACGGGUGAGAAGCAGCUGGACAGCUUGCAGUCAAUUGGCGAGUCAAGCGGCUACGAAUCCUUCAAGUGGCGGCCAGCGGACGAGGAAAGCGAAGCCACGGAUACAACUCUGGCCACGACAGCCAGCGAGGCGGAUAUGGAUCACAAUAUCAGCAGUCUUAGCAGCGUUUUGGGUGCAUCCGGCAAACGAGAGGCAUGGCGAACUUCGAACAACAAUCGCAACGAAUUAAUACUGACGGACCUUGACUUCUCGGAAGAUUUGUUUGCGCAGGGCACCGUAAGCUUAGGUCCCUUUCUCAAUGCCAUUUGGGGCAAACUGCAAACCUUCACGAGCAACUCGCUGUACGUCAAUCUCCACCUGACCGGCCUGAUCACUCGCUUGGCCUGGUAUCCCCUGCCGUUGAUUCACUCGCUUCUGCUGCGCUCGGACAUAGCCAUCACCUCGGAUACGCCCUCGUUUCACCAGGUGCUGCGCAUUCUGAAGCAGCAAAUAGAUGCCGAGCUGCCAGUGACGGAGGAUUCGCUGGAGAUCAUUGAUGUGGCGCGUUCGUCGCUGAUUGAUCGAGAGUUCCGCUUGGCAAACGCGCGCAAGGGCAACGAGGGCUCGCCAAUGCAUCACAGCCAACAGCAACAGAUGGUAACGAACUCCGGCCAGCAGCAGGGACUACUACGAUCCGCCUACGCGACCCUCUCGGCUGCCACGCCCGUGCAGGCCACGCUCACUAGUGCCUACGAUCCGUUCAAGCGCAGUGAUAACAAGCGGCGCAGCAUCAGCAAAUCCAUCACCAACAUGUUCAGCAGAAAGUCCGCCUCCACGUCCACGGCGCCACCCAAUGGCUCCUCCGCUUCAUCUGGCUUAUCACAAAUUUACGCAUUCUUCACCGGAGCUGCCUCGAAUCUGGUGGGAAAUAAUGCCAGCAACGAUGGAAGAGGCAUAUCCCAAGCUCAGACGUCCGCAGGCACAUGCGAGACCAGCUUGAGUACGCAGCCCACAGCGGGAGCAUCACGCACAGGAGCCAACGCGACGUCGACAGCGGCAUCGGGAAGCAACAGCAGCAUCGCAGGCUCCACCCUAACGCUCUCCGCCCAGUCGAACACCACCACCCACUCGGCGAGCACCCUGCACGGACUGGAUGGCGGCCCGUCGACGGGUGGUUUUAACUCGGAGCCGGCGUCCCUGGACUCGGUGGCCUCCAUGGGAAUCAUCGCCAGCACGAGUGGCACCGAGCGAUCGCGCGACUUGGCCCUGUGCGCUGUGCUCAUGGACGAGUGGCUCAAGGAGCUGGCUGCCAUUGCGCAGGAACAGAGCGUUGUGCUGGUCACGGAGCAGGGGAGUUUAUGAUCGCUUGGAACGGAAAGCUUGUGUAUACAUAUUUUACGGAUUUGUUAGCCUUUGUUUGUUUUAACCAGCUACUCUUACGAAAUUAUUCUUUUUACCUGUUAAAUUAUCGAUAUUUAUAUUUUAAAAAACAACUUUUAACGAACAAUGCAGUUUUGAACAGAUUUACAAGUUAAUGCACACGGACUCAACUAAAAAGAAAACAAGAAACACUCAACGCGUUAAACAGAUAGAUUUAGGUUAAAUGUUUUAAGUGAAUCAGGACGGUGGAUCUUAAGUGUUCAGAUGUAAACAAAUAUUCUAAUUACCAGCCGUACGCAAAAUUUACAACGUUUAUAGAGAGAAUUAUAUAACACACAUACCAUGUAUACAUAUGUAUUUUUGCAAUAUAUUUUAUGCUUUUAUGUACAUACAUAAGCAAGAUCAAAUUACACAAGUUAUGUAAAGCCAACUUGAAAGUAUUAAAUCGGUCCAAGUAAAUGCACAGCCAA